AUGUAUGCCAUCUCCCAAAAGGAAGCUUACGAAUGGACCACUGCUACCUUUGCUGCCGAUCCAAAUUCAUCCAGUUUUCAUAGGUGGCUCAACGCAAACAAAGUGGUGAUUGGCUCCAUUCCGAAAUUCAAGUUGGGUGACGACAUCUAUUCCUGGGCGACUCUAUUCACAAUUUGGUUCCGGAAGAGCACCGUUUCAAUUUCACCGAGGUUUGGCUCACACCGGAUGCCUUUAGAUAAAGAAUACAUUACUAAAUUGGAUGAGAAAGAACAAGCUAUAAUGCUUCGUCUAUAUAAUUGUGAAGAUUCAUGUUACUUUUGUAAAGAAAAGGUAUCUAUGCAUACCUUUAUCAAUCAUUUUAUCAAAUGUUUCAUAAGUAACAUCAAAGUCUUACGAGGAUACUAUCAAGAAGUCUAUGGUAUCGAUAUUGAUUCUAAAAUUGAAAAUAUUUUAGGUUUAGAGAUGAUAGGUUUAUCUAAACAAAUACAUGAUUCAUCAUCAUCAUCAUCUCCGGCCAAUAUUAAUAAUCCACUUCAAUCACAACCAAAUGUCAAUACUAUUGGAAAGAUCGGGGAAUUAGUAGCACCUAAACUGAAUACAAGCAAUACAGGUACUGCUUGUGUUUUUUCGAAUUCUAAUGAAGAUUCCAACAGUUGUAAUAAAAAACCAUAUCGUUAUAUUCUAAAGGUUUUGGAUGUCUCUUACCACUUGUGCACUUACUAUCAUCUCAAGAAUAAUGGUGAGAAUCUAGCCAAGAUAUUAGGAAUAGCCGAAGACGUCGCUCCUCAUAGCACAGGUACUAAAGAUCACAUCUGUCAUCUCUGUUUAUCAAAGUGUACAGAGGCAAUUAAGCUUUUCAGUAAGAAGAGCAACCAUACUAUUUAUUUUUGUAAGUUGCAACAUUUGAACGACCUGGUCGUUGCAAUUACAUCCAAUCAAGAGGAUGCUGAUAUCGUCGAGAAAAAAAAUCGAUGGAGUCAAUUUAUUUCAAAGUCGCUUGUUGUCAACGAUGAUAAAGGCACCACAGCGGAGAAAGCCAAAGAGAAACAGAAAGUUGAACCUGUCGUUGCUACAUCUGUAAACAAACCAAAGUCUACUACAAAAACAAUCAGAGAUGCUCAAAGUGAUGCUGCACCAACAAUAAAGAAAAGGAGAGCUAGUGAGGAAGCAGAAAAGAAAAUCUCACAAAUCAUUAAAGCUAAACUUAAUAAAUAG